UCUUCAUCUCCUGUUAGGCACCUUUGUCAUCAACGAGCCGAGGCAUCGUUUCAUCGUUUCAUUGUUCAUUUGUUCAUCUUCCUUUUGACUCGAUGAAAACCCCAUCAGAAUCAGUACUAUGUAAUUGAACCUUGACGGAGGACCACAGACGUAUUCGUAUCUCGAUACGUACCGGAAACAGAACACGAGACCACACCUGCACCUUUUCUCCCUUUGAUUACUGCCGCAUACCUUACCUACUCUGUAUCUCGACCGGAAUAAAGGAUCAUUAUAACCCUUUUCUUAUCACUGAUCAUUGGAAGUGCCCGGCGCAGCUGUGUUACGAUCUGGUACAAAGUCUUUGCAUUUCGAAAGUCAUCAAGCAAGCUUCCUUUGCGCACUCCAUCUUCAGUCAAACACUUGUUCUUCAGCACCAACCACUGAACGGGAAGCAAUCCAUUUUCCACCUGUUUCUUUCCCAUCACAAACAAAAAUGGCGUUUCAGACGAAGACGAAUCUCCCCUUCCUCGAUACCGUCGUCAAACACACCCUUCUGUCACCCUUCAUCACCGGCCCGCUCCUCCUCUAUGUUACCAGACUCAACCCGUCAAUCUUGGACAAGAUCCCAUGGUUUCCGGACAUGACACUCGCUCUCCCCUUCCGGCUGCCGUUCGUUACGCGCAAUAGUAUCACCUUGCGUGCAGACCCGCCGCUCAAGACGCUCAAAUGGCUAUUCGGCAUCGGUCUGGUAAUGCAUGUCAACCGGCUGCUCAACCGGCUCGCCCUGAAUUACUGGCACUUCAAGAAACAGGGCGCACCCUGGGACUUCAAGACCGAGGGCAAAGAGACCAUCGUCAUCACUGGCGGAUGCUCAGGCUUCGGACGCGAGAUGGUCAAGAUGUUCGCCGCACAAACGAAGGCAAACAUCGUCGUUCUAGAUGUGCAGGAAUUGCCCGACGAUAUAAAGAAUUUCCCCCAGCUCACAUACCACAAAAUCGACCUCUCCUCCAACGAGUCAAUCAAUUCCACCAUCACAUCUCUCCUCUCCUCCAACACGCCCACGCCGACCGUCCUCAUCAACAACGCCGGCAUCGCCCAAGCGCACACCAUCCUCCACACAUCCGACGCCUUCCUCGAGAAGAUCUUCCGCAUCAACGUGCUCAGCCACUUCACCCUAAUCCGGCUCAUCCUGCCCCACAUGCUGGCCAACCAAAAAGGCCACAUCGUCAGCCUCGCCAGCAUGGCCAGCUACACCGGCGUCGCCAACCUAGCCGACUACGCCGCAACAAAAGCGGCCGUGCUCGCCCUUCACGAGAGUCUCGUCCAGGAACUCGCCCACCGGUACGACAACGGGCACUGCAUCCAGGCCUCCACCAUCCACCCGCUGUGGGCCCGCACGCCGCUGAUCGGAUCCUGGGAGAACGAAUUGACCAAAGCCAGACAGCCGGUCCUCACCGCAGAAGAAGUUGCCAGUAAGGUCGUCGAGCAGGUUCUUUCCGGCCGCAGUGGCAGCGUUUAUAUCCCUGAGAAGCAGGUCAUAGGGUCAUUGUUGAGGGUCGUGCCAGAUUGGCUCGCCCUCGCGGUCCGAGCGGGCAUACAUUCGGCGACGAAAACGACCGAGGUGAAGGCAUGAAUGGUGAACCCCUUGUUACUCGGUGGGGUUGCUCUCGAGCAGGAGGCGAAAAAAUGUAUGCCGGCGGACCGAUGUACAAGGAUCGAGUAAUGUGUUUGAGCCUGAUACCUGGCCGUUUGACAGUUCAAAAUUUCUACGUCUUGGGUCGCUAACGGUUCCAUUCGAGCUAGAGAAACCCUGGACCAGCUUUUGAUGUUCCCGCUGAGAAGUAUGCCGCCACCCAUCACUUGUCUGCGCGACAAUUCACCCGGCCGUGUGAGGGUGGACAUGACAUGGACGAAGAAUUUGGCUGGGGUUUCAAAGAUACAGGAACGAGGAAGAAUAAACAAGAUUUGUAUCAACAUGAUGCAACCAUGGCUUACAUUGCGAAUCCCAUGAAAGAUAUUCAUCAACACCUACGAGUCCUGAUGGGGAUGCUAUCACAGUAGUCACCAUGCAUGCCAUAAGAUCCUGACGUCCGCAGAGCCCCAGUGGCUGCACUUUGCAGUGGACGUGAAAGCACAGACGAAGAGCGACUGUACAAAAACUGCAUGCUGUUGAUCAUCUAACAACACGCUCCUGUCAUGUACGAAUCCAGUUCUGCAGCCAUGCUUUGUGGAUGGUGCUUCGGCGUUGAUCCCUAUGAACAUGCAACGAGAACCAGAUCAAUAUUGGCAUGACUGUUUAUUAGCGAAAGGGGACAGCCAGACGAACCUCGAGUUCUGCUCUAGUCCUGGGGUCUUGGAUCAUAUCAGGCCUUCGCAGCGCAGGCAGAUAUCCAGUGCUGCUGUUUCUCGGCGUACUAGGACUCGUGUCUUCCAACUCGGGCUUCGAAUGGUAUAUGCAGGGCCUGGGUUGUUUUCGUUCCAUAGUCGGUCGCCCGGCAUCGGAGGACACGCGUGACUCCGACUCCUCUGGAGCUUGCAAUCUUUUUCGCCGCAGACGCAGACGCUUCUUCCAAAGGAGUAAGAAGACGGCGACGGCGACGGCGACGAUGCAGAGGAUUGCCGCACCGGCUCCUAUUCCAGCUUUUGCGGCAGUUGACAGGCCGCUCGGAGAAGGGACCACCUGGUAGGUGGGCAAAGAAGAAGUCGAAGUCGUUGCAACGGUGCUCGUCUUGUUCGGUUGUUCCGAGGAGGACUUCGGCGUACUGGCACUGGUGCCGGUUGUCGUGGCUACUGCGGUUGAGGUUUGAGAGAACUCACUGGCGAAAGAAGAUGCUAUGGACGCCAUCGCAGCGGAUGAUGGGCCCUCCGUCGCAGCGGUAAAUGUACCUUGAGAAUCACUCAUAUUUGCCAGAAUGUUCGAAGGCUGCGCGUCUGUCACCAGAUAAGUCAAAGACAGAGAGAGAGAGAGAGAGAAACAAGAAAGGAAAGAGGAGGAAGAGGGAAACGGCCAGGCAGGACGGGUAAGGCUGGAGAUUUGGCCCCCUGCUGUUGUGCUUGUUGUUGUCGUCGGCGGCGCAAGCCCUCCCCCUCCCCAUCCUUUCCUCAGCCUGAUCAGUGGUCGGCGGCUAGACACAGCAAGGGCAGGCCAAACGAAUCAUCCUUUCGGAGUCUGUCUUUCAUUGCUGGGGCCCUGUCCUCUGUACGUCAACAUUAAGAUCUAUCGGACUAUCCUUGAGCCACACCAGCAAUUGUACAAAAAUACUAUUCUAGCAUCAGUCCCAAGCUGGGGAUUGUCAAGAUGUCUUAUCCUUCCAUGCAUGUGGCUGUCGAG